AGGUUGGUCUUCUCACGGGGGAGUUGAUAUAGCCAAUGGGUAACGGUACGGGGCGGAAGCAGUAAGUUAGCGAAGUCCGUAAAGACAUCCAUAUUGGCAACGUUAGCACGUAUUCAUUACAGCUUUGUAUCGACUGAAUGAGUGCUUGACAGAGAUCCAUAAUUUCAGAGGGAGUCUCGUGUUUCAGGGUGAUUGUAUCUGCUCACUGCUUUUUCAGCACGUUGAAUCCUGUCAACACAUUCGGUCCACAGCCGUGUGCCGUCCAACUUCACAAUAAAACUUGCUUUUGGCUAAACUAGCUUAUUAGCUAGCUAGGUAACCAAUAAUAAUAAUAAUAAUAAUAAUAAUAAAAGUAAAGUUGCACACUAGCGUCUAGGGGCGACGAGCGGUGUGUUUAUGUCUUUGUUUUACGAACACGGUGAGUACCAGGACGACAGGAGCGACGGAUGGGAAAGAGCUGUUGUGCAGCUGUUGGAACCUGCGUGGGGGACACUUAGCCUACAAGCAAGUAGCACACAGCCUCUGCGGCACAAUCUUUUUCAUGUCAGAGACCGAAUACCUCUGCAGUCGUUUAUGUCAUCCACUCUUCUCCACGCAGAAGAUAACAAAAAACUGCAAUCCAAAAUCUUUUUGUCUUACUGAUAAAGCGUACAGUGGGCCAAAAUGUCUGUCAACGUCAAUCGCAGCGUGUCAGACCAGUUCUAUCGCUACAAGAUGCCCCGUCUGGUCGCCAAGGUGGAAGGCAAGGGAAAUGGAAUCAAGACCGUUAUUGUCAACAUGGUCGACGUUGCAAAGGCUCUGAAUAGGCCUCCUACAUAUCCCACCAAGUUCUUUGGCUGUGAGCUGGGUGCCCAAACUCAGUUUGAUUCCAAGAAUGACCGCUACAUCGUCAACGGAUCGCACGAGGCCAACAAGCUGCAGGACAUGCUGGAUGGAUUCAUCCGGAAAUUUGUGCUGUGUCCUGAAUGCGAUAAUCCAGAAACCGACCUGCACAUCAACCCCAAGAAGCAAACCAUAGGCAACUCCUGCAAGGCCUGCGGGUACCGCGGCAUGCUGGACACACGGCACAAGCUCUGUACUUUCAUCCUUAAAAACCCGCCAGAGAAUGAGAGUGGAUCAGUUAAGAAGGAGAAGGAGAAGAAAAACCGCAAGAAGGACAAGGAGAACGGCUCCAAUGGCAGCGACGCAGGGAGCCACGGAGAAUUUGAUGCGCCGGACGCCGUGGACCGCGAUGACGAGGAUGAGGACUGGUCGGUGGAGACCACCGAGGAGGCCCAGAGGCGCAGGAUGGGGGAGAUCAGCGAGCACGCCAAGAACCUGACCCUCAGCGAAGACCUGGAGAAAACCCUGGAGGAGAGGGUCAACUUGUUCUACAAUUUUGUCAAGGAUAAAAAGGAGGAAGGGGCCAUCGAUGCGGCGGACAAAGAGAUCCUGGCUGAGGCUGAGCGGCUGGACGUGAAGGCGAUGGGGCCCCUGAUCCUGAGCGAGCUGCUGUUCGACGAGAACAUCCGGGACCAGAUCAAGAAGUACAAGCGCCACUUCCUGCGUUUUUGCCACAACAACAAGAAGGCACAGAAGUACCUGCUGGGUGGGUUUGAGUGCCUGGUGAAGCUGCACCAGGCCCAGCUCCUCCCCCGUGUGGCAGUCGUGCUGAAGGACCUGUACGACGCCGACCUGCUGGAGGAGGAUGUCAUCUUGUCCUGGGCUGAGAAGGUGUCCAAGAAGUACGUUUCCAAGGAGCUUGCCAAAGAAAUGCACGCCAAGGCCGCUCCCUUUGUUAAGUGGCUGAAAGAGGCAGAGGAGGAGAGCGAAGGCAGCGAGGAAGAGGAAGAAGAUGAUGAAAAUGUUGAGGUGGUGUACUCUCCCUCCGCCCGCGAGCUGACCGUGGAGACUGUGAAACCGGAAAAGUCUGACCACAAGGACGAGGACGACAUUGACAUUGAUGCCAUCUGAGUCUUCAUAUUGGGCUGGGUCUACAUUUCAGCUUUUCCUCCCCAGCAAACCCAUCUUCCCCUGCUGCUGUGACUUGUUUGAUUAAUAUAUAGUGCUUCGCUGACCAAAUCAUUAGAUUACCAUGAAUUCUAUGCGCUGUUGUUCCAUCCAUUUCUCUAGGUAUAAUAUAUAAAAUUCUCUUGACUCUGGAUUUAACCUUCCUAUCUGGCGCAAGCUGCUCUUGAUAUUGUUUUGCUGUAUUAUUAUUAUUUUUAUUUUUUUUUGAAUCAUUAAAGUAUGUUUUUUGCCAUUAAUGGUAGUGUUUCUUUUUGGUUUUUGAUAUGGAGACUGCAUCUCUAAAUUGAGUGAUACCAUAAGUUUGUAUGGCAAUGUUGUAACACCAUAGGUAGUACCAGGUUUCUUCAAAAUGGCUUUUCAGGGGCUUUUGCAUGUAGUGUUUACAAUGCCUCAAACUGAUUAGUAGUUGUAUUGCACCAUGCAUGUCCACCAAACGGCAGUGGAUUUGUGUAGGACUUCAUUUGACCAACGUUGAAUCCAGUAAUGCAUGUUAACAGGCCUGUGGUUCAUUUCGAGUAGAGUUGAAGGCGGCUUAUGAAGUACAGGUUGUCAUUUGACGAGCCAAGAGUUCUGCCCUAAACUUGUAACUGACUGGGCAACUAUCUACCUUCAUCUGAUUUUCCAAUAUGGAAAUGCAAGGCUUUCUGUGGUCUUUGGAACGGUUUUAAUCCUGGAACGUCUUCGAAACUGUCCAAGUAUCCCAUUGUUGAGAAUUCAGGGGAAAUUGGCAUUUUAAUACUUUGAAAUAUAUGGUGCAAAGCGAUAUACUGCAUGUCUUGUUGGAUUUUAUAACUGAGUGAGAGUGCAUGCAAGCAGUCUUUGGACAGUGGCACAAAUUAUGAAUUUGGAAAAACAAUGUGCAGACUAAUUUGAGGGCAUUUACUUCUGAAUCGGGUGAACUACAGGUAUAUAGGAAUUGCAGACCUUGUACAUAGUUCCCCCCCAUUCUAGAGGACUAUGUUAUUGGACAAUUGCCUGGUCAGCUGUGUGUCUGCAUCAUUGUUUUGCAUACAAUAAAGCAAAAAGGUCAAGAGUU